UUUUAGUAGGACAAGAGAUACGAAUUACUACAUUUUCAGGGAUUUAUUUGAAGCGUUUUCUAUCAGUACGCGUUUGCAGUCAUCUAGAGGUUUUGAGUUCGCUAACUUUGAAGAGAACCUUGGAACAGGUCGAAAAGGAAUUAUAACUUUAUAAAAGUGCACAAAACAGGAAAAACAAUCGGAUCCAACAUUUAAGCACGAUGAUAACCUUAAGUGCACAGUCCCGCCUUGCAAUUUUCGCCUUCGGCGUAAUUGCCGCUUCAUUCCUAGUCCAGGAAUUACACGGUAGUCACCCUUGCCGCGAGUGUCACACGUUGGCCUCGGAAGCGUCUUCUCUUUGCUACGGUGGCGACUUCUGUGGGUUGCUAGGCGACGGCAUGCAUCAGGACUGUGCAUCAUGCUUGUCUUAUGUAAGGUGCACUAACGGAGUGCGUGAAAACGUUCAGUGUCCCAAUGGACAUGUUUGGAAUCAGGCCAGCCAGCAGUGCGACUGGCCCUGGGUCAGUGGAUUGACCUGUAAACUGACCAGCUCGGACAUCGUGACGGUCAGUGACUACCUGCGCGAGUCCGGUGAUUGGCAGAUGGGAGGUUAUGAUGGAAUGAUGUACAUGCAGUCCCUAUCCAUCAGCUUGAUGUCCGACCCUGUGGCGACACCUACUGCCUGCCCGAACUGCAUCACGGGAAAACUGAAAGCCCCCUUUCCCACGUCUGACGUCAUUCGGCCGGGAGAGGCAUGUAACGGGCGAUUUGGCGACUUUCAGACGUGUGAAUCCUGCCUUAAAGUCGCUGUCUGUUACUCCUACCCUCUACCAAUCUCAUUCCCCUGUGAGGCGGGGAAGGUAUACGACCCCCAGGCUCCAAAUCCCACGGGGAAUCCCACUAGCAAGUGCCUCGAGCCAUGGAAGACGAACGCGUGCUCUUUGACCGCCCAAGAUCAGGCCGCCAUUUGUUCCCAUUAUCAAGGCGCGACCCCAGGGAGUGAAGCGGCCAUGUAUUAUAGUACGCACUGUUAUUAAAGAGUCCAUGGUUCGAUUCUCCACAGACCUUUUUCGUUUGACAAAUGAGCAAUUUUUCUGAAAAUUUAGACACAUUUCUACAAUCACCAAGGCAUAUUCUUUUAAAAUGUGUACACGACCAACAAAGGCGUUUUCGAAUUUUUAACACCCUGUGUACUUUAUCCAUCUUCAGACCAAAAAUAAGAAAUUUAAAAACUCAAAGACGGCUCCAUAGACCUGGAAUUUGUUAACGAAUUUGGAUAUGAGGUUCACUCAGUGGUGAUAAAGGAAAAGGUGUCGAAAUUUUCAGUAAAAUUAUUUAUUUGUUAAGUUUAGGUUUAACCAGCACUGUGUGCGUUACAGGAUGUGUAAGUCCUUUAAAUAGGGAUUGUACACCUAAGCAACGUCUUAUACGAAAACUUCCCUUUUUAAGCAACGUCUUUACAUUGCUUUGCUAAUUUUGGUAUGAGGAUGAGUAGAUACCGGGAUCUGCAUUGUCGUUUAUGUGUUGACAUUUGUUAUUGUAAGUGUACCUGGCAAAGUGAAUUUAAAUAAUUCGAAGUGUAAACUGUAACUCAGAUAAUGUAAUUUGCCUUCACGAGAGAUUGCAUUAGAGAAAAAAGGAUUAUUUCCUCUUGGGGACAAUCGGUGCAAU